ACACUUGAUCCUCACGACAGCCUGGUGAGGUAGGUCGGUCAGACUGUGAAGGAAAGGAAAGAAAGUGGCCCCGGGUGAGUCAGUGGGUGCUUGGCAUGAGCUGAGACAGGUUCUCAGAAUCCCAGGUGCAAAAGGAGAGCCAAAGGGAACCUCUCUAGGAAGCAGUACACCUGUGCUCCUUUGCUUUCUGUUCUUAAUGACCCAUUAAAGGUAUCACCUGUCCCUGUAUUUUUAAGAGUAGAACCUCCUCCUAAACUGAAUGGGGCUUGUUUCUCCAUAAAAUUCACAAAACCCAGGCUAUAGCUUGAACGUUUGUCACGCAUGAGACACACUGGGCAUAUGCCAGGUUCGGUGGUCUUGCCUCUUGAAAGGUUCUCAUGACGUAUGGCUGAAGAAGGCUUCUGCCCCCAAGGGAGUAACUUCUUCACGAGAUCAGAGCUUUCCUUUAGGAAUUUCAUUCAAAUGCGGUCCAUCAGAAGACUGUCUGCAUGCUAUUGGAAGAACAACAGGUUUUCCCAGAGGUUCCAAAGUAAUGGGCGACCAACUGCUCCCUUGGGGUCUCGAUUUUUGCUGGACCCAGAUAAAGUUUUUGACCAUAACAUGUGGGACCACAUCCAAUGGUCUCAGGAAGAUGAAGAAAGAGCUGCAGAAAAAGCCAUAGAAAAUUCACUUGUCAGAAUCCAGCCAGAGUUACAAGACAAGUACGAGAGAGAAGCCAGUAAACAUUGGAAUGAAUUUUACAAGACCCAUCAAAACAACUUUUUCAAAGAUCGCAACUGGUUGUUCAUGGAAUUUCCCGAAAUUCUGCCAGAAGAAGAGCGUGAGCACUGUAUGAAAAUAGACACAAGGUUAUGUGAAGAUGACCAUCUUUGUGAAAAUAAUCCUGCUGUAAAAACUUCUUCUGUCCAUAAUUUUGGCUCGUGCAGUGAUGACUCUGCUGUGAAUCUUCAGAGUGUGAAGCAGUCUGGAAAAGAAUUUCCUGGCAGUGAUGCAACUUACAGAAUAUUAGAGGUUGGUUGUGGAGCUGGAAAUAGUGUCUUUCCUAUUUUGAGAGCUCUGUGCAAUAUUCCUAGAGUCUUUUUGUACUGCUGUGAUUUUGCUUCAAAAGCCAUGGAGCUGGUCAAGUCACACCCGUUUUUCGAUCCCUCCCGGUGUUUGGCCUUCGUUCAUGAUGUGUGUGAUGAUACCUCUCCCUACCCCUUUCCAGAGGAAAGCCUGGACAUUAUUCUCCUCAUCUUUGUCUUGGCUUCUGUUCAUCCUGACAGGACCCAAGGAAUUAUAAAUAGGCUGGCCAGAUUGUUGAAACCUGGAGGGAUGAUACUGUUCAGAGACCGUGGAAGAUACGAUGUUACUCAGCUACGUUUUAAAAAAGGCUUCUGCCUGUCAGAGAACUUCUACAUGAGAAGAGAUGGCACCAGAGUUUAUUUUUUCACAAAAGAUGAAGUUCAUAACUUGUUCUCAUCUGCUGGCUUAAUUGAAGUACAGAAUGAGAUGGUUCGACGUCUGCAAGUAAACAGGAAGAAAAGGGUGAAGAUACAUCGUGUCUGGAUACAGAGCAAGUUCCAGAAACCUCUGUAGUUGACUCGGAGCAAGCUAGAAUAUGCUCUGCAUAAUCACAGUUCUUAGUCCAAAAAUUCAUUCUUCCUACCAAUUCUGUGCAAAUGAUUGAAAAGUCAGGAUGACUUUUAAACAGAAACCUCUCUCACACACACACUCCGUUUCUGACUUUUGAUCAUACGGUAGUGUAAACUGACCAAAUAAAGGAGGAAAAAUGUGGCUCCCUCUGCAUACCCAUCAGAGGGUGUUUUUUUUUAAAAAAAACCUUUUUAACAGCAGAUCUGGGACGACAUCGCAGUCCGAAUAAGGGUGAGGGCAGUUACAAUAAAACUGGUGCUACGAAUGAUAGAAAGACUGGAAGAAGUGCCUCUUCCCAAAUCAGCUAAUUCCUUCUUUGAGUUUUUGAUGAAGCCCUCCUUCAGGGGCCUCCGUUUUUUGAAGGUAGUAGCAUUUUUGUGUUGGAUCUGAAGAUCGUUACAGUGGUGCCUCCUCUAGAACAUUAUCUACAAAGAGGCCUGCCUGGAUCCGGUGUUGCAACCCUUUUGGUGCUAGGCAAAAAAAAAAAAAAA